AUGGAUUCUUGUUUUUCCUUGUAUGUUCCUAUUUUAGGAUAUGAUGCGUGGAGAUUCCGUACAAAUCCCGAAUUUCAAAAGAUUAUAACACAUGUACAAGAAAAAACGAAUUCCUUGAAAAAUGAAAAAAAUAAGAAAAUUUUCCGGAAUGUAUGCCUAGAAUUGGCUGAAUAUCUAAUUAAGAAAAAGAAAGAACCACCACGUUUUGAAAGAGAAUAUAAGUGGGAAUUAGCACUGAAGUACUGGUUACAACAAUACUAUAAAGGGCUAAAUAAAUAUGGCGGAUGUUUUAUGAUUUUAAAUGAAGAAGAUAAAAAAGUUUUAGAUUUUAUAUAUGAAGCAGAAGAUUUCUGCGAGGAAAAAAAAAGAAAAAGAAAUAGAAUAAAAUGCAUUAACAGAGGAAAUUCUAGUCCGGCUAAAUGUGAUAGUAAUUGUUCUAGUAAAAUUGUUGAAUAUAAUACUUGGAUUAUAGAUAGAAAGAACUAUUUCACUAAUAAUAAACAGCACAUUUAUCAAAAAUGCAAAAAUAAAAAUCGAAUAUUACCAUUUCCAAAUAAUUCUUGCAACGUAAGUAAACCAGAAACAUUUGAAACACUUCCUGAAUGCGAGUACUCGGACCCACCUAUAGAUCAUACAGCUGUAAAACAAAAUAAAGAGCAACAUCCAGAUGUAUCUCAUGAUUUAACUAUACAUCAAGAUCAAGAUUCAUUAAAAUCUUCAUUGCAAAUACAAAAUUUAACUAUACAACAAUCUGAAUCUUCAUCAGAUCAUCAAGUAGAAGAUCAAAAAUCAUUAUCUGCUACACCAAAUAUGGAAAAGCAAUCUGAUGCUGCAGAAUCAGUACAAACCGAAACUCCAAGUUUUAUACCAAAUUCCGACAUUUUACCUUCCGAAACAGGCAAAGAAACUACAACUAGAUUUGAUAACGAAAUCAUAAAGUUACCCCCAGUUCAAGGGCCUAUUCCAUCAUCUCCUGAAGAAUUUGAACCUGUCUCUAGUUAUAUUACCCCCCCUACACACAUUAAAAAGACAGGAUUAUUAAAAAAAAAAAAAAGUAUAAAAAGUAGACAAGUGAAAAUACUGAAAAUUCUACUACCUUCAUUUACUGACAAAAAAAGUAAAUUUUUAACGCAUGAUCAUCCAGAAGAUACAAUAUAUGAUGAGGAACAAAUUAUUAAAAAAUUAAAAAUACAUGAACAUGAUAUGAUAAAAAAUAUAAAGUCGUCAAAGCAAAAAAAGGAUAGAUUUAAAACCAUUAUAGAAGUACAUAUGGAAGUACUCGAAGAAUUCAGAAAUGAAGAAUGGGAACACAAAAAAGGAGAAUUUUUAGAGUUAUGCCUAGAAGUGUUUGAAGAAGAGGAAUAUAGAACAUAUCCUAAUUUGAGUAAUGGAGAACUGAUAAUGGAAAAUACUAAAAGUAUUAAUGACAUUGAAAAACAAAAAAUUUUAUGCAAUAAAUGGAUAAAAGAACAUAGAAAUAUUUCUGAAAAAUUAAAAAAAACAGUAUGGUUUAAUUAUUUGAAAAAUGAAUGGAAAAAAGAAAAAGCUUCCAUAAAAGAAACUGAAGAAUUAAAAAUGAAUUUUUCAAUUGAAAUUCAAAAAAUUUCAUUUUCAGAAAAAGAAAAGGAUUUAUGGAGAGAGUGGAUAUCAAAAAAUCAUAUGAUUAUAGAUCGAUACUUGGAACAGGAAUGGGAUGAAGAAUUGACACAAGAAUUGCUCAAUAUGAUAGAUGAGAGUGUAAAUGAAGAAUUUAAAAAUAAUAUUUCACUUCUAAAUACAAAAGAGAUACAGCAGAAGAUAAGUUAUGAAGAAUUAUAUAAAUAUAUAAAAAAAAAAUUACUAGAAAAAUUGUGUAUACUAGUAUUCAUGAUGGUAUUGGAAGAAUGCAAAAAAGAAGAUUUUAUAGAAAAUGAGGGAUUACUUUUGGAUAGUUACAUAAAUGACUUGACAACAGAAGUAAACUUAGGGAGAAAAUCAGAUGUUACAAAAGAAAUAAUUGAAUUUAAUGACAAUGUUCUAGAAAAUACAGAAUAUAGAAAAAUUCCUGCUUACACAGGGGAGGAAGGCCUUAGCCAGGACAUAGAAAAAUGGGUAAGAGUAGAAGAUACACCGCAGAAUUCCAUAUAUAUCGAGAACAUAGUAGAAUAA